AUGGACAGAAAAUACUGUCGAAAAUUUAAAUAUUUCCGCGACCAAAUCGGUGUGCCACCUGAGGUCGACAAUAAUAACACCGUAGAGACUGAGGAGAAUGAAGAUAACCGAGCGUGUCAUAAAAUUAAAUUGUACAAAUUCAAUUUACUCAGUAAAUUUACACAAGUCAUUGAUGAAACACCCCAAGAAACACCACCAGAACCAAAUGUCGAGGAGGAAAUAGCUGUUGAACCAACUGAUGAAGAACAGUUUGAAACACACUCUUUUACCGGAACAUUCAGAGACGAAAAGAGGCGGAUUGAUUUAAUGCUGGUGAUACCUGAUGAUAAGAAUCUAGAAGCGGAGAAGAUUAGAACUAAUUUUCUUUUGAAUAUUAUUAAAGCAGGACUCGAAAUCGAACUUGAAUAUGGCUUAAUGGAGAAACACAAAAAUCUUAUAUUUGUUAAGAUUCACGCUCCUGAUAUGUUGCUUGAAGAAUAUGGAGAAAAAUUAGGUGUGAAAAAAUACUUCAAAGAAUGCCAUAUAGAGUACAUUCCAUUAAAAAGAAUAUUUACCAGGAAUUCAGAACGAGAAUGGAUAGAACUAAUACGGAGCAACUACAAGAGCCCAUUGAAUUAUUCCAACCACGAGCGGAGCUUGGUUGUUUAUAAAAUUUUACUUCAAAUGCGAUUCGGGGAGCAUCAAAACAAUUUCGGUUUACAAAGAUUACUGAACAUGAAUAUUAUAGCAGAUGCAUACGCUUUACAUGAUGGGCCUUACUUUCUCACACGCCGUCAGGAUUUCUCUAAAGUUAACGGUCGGCAAAUAUUAUACUACAACUGGACGGGACUCUGUAAUAUAUUUAAACUACAACCACUCAAUGUAAUAAAUGAAUAUUUUGGGUCCAGGAUAGGAUUUUAUUUCGCCUUUUUGCAGUUUUAUAAUCUAGGUCUCUCGAUAGCCGCGUUGGGAGGAAUCAUUAUUACGUUGCUUGGUAUCUUUGACAAAACAUAUGAAACUGUUUAUAAAGAUGUGUGUCACGACAAACUCAACAAGACCGUGUGUCCUAGAUGUUCUAGUUUCAUUGGUUGUCCAUUUCUCAAUCUAAAGAAAUACUAUUGUUUCGGAACUAAGCUUGUCAACGUACUCGACAAUGGCUAUUUACAUUACUACUGCUAUUUUGUCGUUCUCUGGGGUCCAAUAUUGAUGAUUCUUUGGAGACGUAGAGAGAUGUACUUGCUAUGGAUGUGGGAAUUAUAUAACGUUAAGGAAAUGGUUUCCACGAGGUAUAUUAUUUCUAAAGUCUGUGAUAGGCAGAAAUGCUGA